AUGGCCGGUCGUUUUGCAUCGAAGUCUGCGUCCAUGACGUACCUCCUGCUCGUACUGCUUGUUGGAUUUAUACUACCGCAACAAGGCCAACAUGCUCACGCGAGGACUCUAGCUCGGCGAGACAAUAGCCCUACAGAUAUAUGCAAGCGGUGGUCUCAGCAGACAGCUAUUGUCAACGGGACCCUUUACAUAUAUGGCGGCCGAUCGACGACUGAUGCCAGCCAGAAGGAUAACACUUGGAAUGACAACUUCCUCACUCUGGACCUAAAGUCAAGCUGGGGAAUCUCGGCCCCAAAGCUGACCGGACUUCCUCGAGGAGAUAACGGCCCGCCUCCAGUCUCGAACGGCUACCUAUGGAACUCCUUUAGUUCGCUCUUCCUAUACGGAGGAGAGUUUUCGGAUAACCCUGCCACUGACCCCGUUGAUUUUAGUCUAUGGGAGUACAACAUUCCUUCGUCGUCAUGGAUAGAACACAAGUCACCAAAAACUUCGUCGGGAGAGAAUUCUGCUGAAGCAAAUAUCCCUGUGCAACGAUCCGCCGAGGGAGCCGGUAUAAAUGUCCCGGAUCUAGGCAGAGGUUGGUACUUUGGAGGCCAUCUAGAUGGAUAUACCACCAAGGGCUGGUCACAGUCGAUUCCUAGAGUGUAUCUCAAAUCGAUGAUCGAAUAUACCUUUCCGGGACAUACAAACAACGGAGUCAAAAUAAACACAGAUGAUAAGCGCGCUGGACCCGAGGGUGUCUGGCGAAAUAUCACCGAAGGAGGAUUACAGGACUCUGCAGGGUUUACCGAACGAGCUGAUGGAGUGUUGGUGUAUAUACCUGGUUUUGGUAAGGAAGGCAUCAUCCUCGGCCUUGCUGGGGGUACAAAUGCUACUUUUACUCAAAUGAACGUUAUCGAUGUGUUUGAUAUCGCAAGUUCAAAAUGGUACAAGCAAGCUACUAGUGGGAAGACCCCGAAGAUCAGGGUGAACCCAUGCGCUGUCGCUGCGUCCGCAGCUGAUGGAAGCAGUACACAGGUUUACCUUUUUGGUGGGCAAAAUUUGAUACCCUAUGGAGAACAGAUUCAGUAUAACGAUAUGUGGAUUUUAUCGAUCCCAAGUUUCACAUGGAUAGAAGCUAAGACGGAUGGGCAGUCUGUCCCUCCAGCCAGAGCUGGACAUACGUGCAACAUUUGGAACUCCCAAAUUGUGGUGACAGGAGGCUACGUGGGACAAGACUUGAGUUGUGAUAGCCCAGGUAUAUACGUAUUUGAUGCGUCAGAAUUGACGUGGAAAACCCAAUAUACUGCACUCGAAGGCGGAAAUGAUUUGAAUCAGCAGGCCUCACAGACUCGAGAUAGUAGUGGUCUUGGAGGUAGCUAUGGAUACCGAGUCCCGAAAGUUGUCCAAUCUGUGAUAGGAGGCGAUGAAACUGGAAAGGCAACCCAAACGGUCCCUGCUGUGGCACCAACGGAUGGGCCUUUAGCCACCGGCCAGCCUCUUACAUACACUGUCCUUCCAACAGCCGCUUCCGGUCCGCAUGCAGGCUCACCAGGCGGCGGUAGAGACGGGCCCAACAUCGCAGCAAUAGUCGCGGGCGUCAUUGCUGGAUGUCUUGGUGUUCUGGCCAUAUAUCUUGGCUUCGUCACCUGGCUGUACCGCCGGCGUCUAGCAAUCUAUAAGAGUCAUCUUGCAGCCACACAACGUUCUUCAAUUGGGAGUUACGGAGAUAAAAUAUCGUCAUUUCCGCCGCGGUACUCGGACCAUAUGAGUAGUAGUGGAUUGGGGACAACCGGCUCAACGGGUAAUUUAACGGUAACUACAGCACGCAUGUCCUGGAUAGGCGGAGACAACCAGCGAUACAACCACACCAGAAGCAGCAGUGGUGGGAACUUUGAUCAUUUAGCCCAACCUGGAAGACCAUCUACCAGUAGUAGCGUGGAGGACCUACUGGCUGGGCAGGAACCAACUUUCCUGGGCGUCAUGUUAAACCCACGACAGACUCUGAGGGUUAUCAAUCAGUGA